AAAAAGUUUACUUUAUAAAAGAGUGAAAAGCCUCUCACACGUAAGACAGCAGGAAAGAAAGAGUUGACCGUUUCCUUUGCAGCAGUUUGUAAUCUUAAAAAGAGGGCUGAGCCCACUUGAGCAAGACCUCCCUCCCGAAACUGCCGCGAUCCUCUCCUUCCACCCUGAGCAAAGCAGGCGCCUUCGCGAAAGGAGGAAAAGCCUCCCGGCUGCCUCCAACGGCGUAGGACUAAGCCAUGUCUACGGGGAAGAUCUGCUGCUUGGUGCUGCUGACCCUGGGGGUGCUGGCCGUGGUCGUGGCCCUUGUGGUCAUCCUGACUCAACCCAAGUGCGGUCCUCAGCGCUACCUGCAUGGUGCUGUGGCUGCUGACACCGAGACCUGCUCUGUCAUCGGCCGGGACAUCCUGAAAAGCGGAGGCACAGCUGUGGAUGCCGCCAUCGCUGGCUUGAUCUGCACCUCGGUGAUGAACCCUCAGAGUUCAGGCCUGGGUGGUGGGGUCAUAUUUACCAUCUAUAAUGCCAGCACAGGGACAGUCGAGGUGAUCAACGCCCGCGAGACGGUCCCACGAGAGUUUCCGCGGAAUUUAUUGUCUCACUGUGCUGGUAUCCCCAUUGGUUCCCUCUGGAUUGCUGUACCAGGAGAACUUCGUGGGUAUGAAGAAGCCCAUAAACGAUAUGGCCGCUUACCAUGGAAAGCCCUAUUUGAACCAACCAUCAAGCUCCUUUCAGAGCCACUUCUAAUUUCCCCGGUUAUGGACAAAAUGAUCCGUCACCCAGAGUUCUCCAGAGUAGGAAAAAGUCUGUGCCCACUGAUAUGUGACGGUCAAGGGUUUUUGAAGCUUGGAGACACCUUCAGGUGGCCAGCGCUGCAGCAAACACUGAAAGCUGUAGCGGAAAAUGGAGCUACAGCAUUUUAUGGGGGACAGAUAGGAAAAGCCCUGGUGGAGGACAUUAGGAAGGCCGGGUCCAAUAUCUCACUGGAGGACCUUCAGGCAUACAAAGCAGAGGUGUCCUCAGCUCUGAACAUUACCCUGAACAAUCACACCACAGUGUUUUCUCCUGGACCGCCCAUGGGAGGUGCUGUGCUCAUGUUCAUCCUCAAGAUAUUGGAAGAGUAUAAACUCCAUGAAGCAUCACUCGCGACACCUGAGGAGAAGGUAGAAACCUACCAUCGCAUUGCAGAGGCCCUGAAGUUCGGCAAUAUGCUAAAACCCCAUAUGAGUGACCCAGCCUUCUCCAAAGCUCAGGUGACUGUGGGGAACAUGUUGUCUGACAAGACUGCUGAGCUUGUCAGACGCCGAAUAGAUACCCGUGGUGACCACCCACUCAACCAUUACAACUUUCUGGAGUCCUUCUACAACCACAGCUACAAAAGCAAGGGCACAAGCCACAUCUCUGUGCUCGCUGCAGAUGGCAGUGCCGUGUCUGCCACCAGCACCAUCAACUUCCCGUUUGGCUCCUUUGUGUAUUCUAACCAAACUGGGAUCAUUUUAAAUAACGAACUCGCUGAUUUCUGCAUAGCAAACAGAAGCAUUAAACCAGGAGAGAAGCCUCCUUCAGCAAUGGCACCUUCCAUUCUCAUCUCCAAGACAGGAGACAUGCUGGUGAUCGGAGGAGCAGGCGGGACCCGGAUUAUCAGUGCUACUACUAUGGCGAUUAUAAACAAGCUGUGGUUUGGCUAUGACUUGGAACAUGCCAUUUCAGCUCCCAUCAUGCAUACUGAAGGUGCCAGUAUCCUGUUUGAGAAACAUUUCAGUGAGGAGGUUAGGAGCGGCCUACUGAGAAGAGGACAUAAAGAAAAGUUAAAUGAAUUUGCAAUGAAUGUUGUGCAGGGAAUUUCCAAGGAAGGAAAAUGCAUCUCUGCUUACUCUGAUAAAAGGAAGCUGGGGAAGUCAGCUGGAUAUUAGCAUGAAAUGCCAUCACAACUCACAAAACCACAGAAGAUAACUAGAUUCAGAACAUGCUUUGGCUUGGACACGUCAAUAUUGCCUGUUCCCAUCAGGAUGCCUCCUAAAGUAUGGGCAAAACUUGUGAUUACAUCUAAUUCCAGUAGACUGCAAGUGACCCUCAGGCAAUACAAGGAUAGGUCAGCCAGCCUUGUUUAGAGCUACACCCUCCAUUACUUAUGUGAUAUAUGGAAAAACAUAUUUCUUGAGCACAUCAGGUGUUGAGAAUAAGAAUACAAAGCGGGAAAGGAAAAUCGGUCCAAACCCCACUGGGAACACUGUGAAAUAACCCAGCUGUAUCUUCCAUUCCUGCUGGAGAGUCUCAGUUAAGAGCAGAAUUGGUUUCUUUCAAGCUGUUGCCACAAUAAGCUUAUUAUCACUGGGCUCAGCAAUGUGAAAUAAGUAACUAUUUCGGUUAUGAGGAUUACAAGAAGUGUCUAUAGGGUCAGGAUUUUAAAAUCUUAAGCAUGCAGGCUUAGAGGGUGGGUUUGGAAAGGGAAGAGAGCAAAACUCCACACUCGCCCUCUUGGUUUUCCCAUCCAAAGAAGCCCUACUUUUCCCAAAGGUGGCAGAUGAAAUCAGUGCAGCGUAGCACAAGUCUGCUGCCCUACUAAUCUCUGCCUUGGGGAUGCAAAGGACCCCACAAACUCAGAGUAACUGCACCGAAGCUUCCUUCAACCCUGCACGCUGGUGACUUUGAGAAUAAGCCUCCCAUGGGGCGAUGUGAAUUCCCGGCUCCUGGGAUGGACGGGCUUCAGCUUAAUUCCCUGGGGGCACCUCUCCCUGUGGCGAGAGGAGUCCCAAUCUGUGCCAGCUCUCCCUCCUCAAUGUCGGCAGAAGAUAAGUCGUUUGGGAAGGCGGGUGAGGAUUGCAGUGGAAGAGCCUUUGGUUUUGGAAGCUUUAUAACUUUCUUCAAAAUGCAAAGGAUACAUGAUCAGAAGACUUCUUUGUAGCCAUGAGCUCAGCCUGGCCCCACAAACACCAGGACUGCUGAGAAGUGAUGCAGCGCUAUCGGGUAUUAGCAGAAUACUUUUCUUCCACAGCCUAAGGACAUGCUCCAACUCCCUGUUUACCACAGCUAGUCUCUAGUGUUCCCUUAAGAUCACAAGAAGGAAAUGGUAGGACUACUUAAGAACCAUCACAGAGAGAAAACUUCUGGAAGAGAGACCUGAACUCAUGCAUCUGGACACAAAAGGUCUUUUGUAGUUACUCCAUAACCUUGCCCUGCUCAAAGUGGCCACGAGAAUCAAACAUUUAAGAAAAAUACCCAAACAAACAAAAAAACCAACCCCCAAACCAAAACAACCCCCAAAGCUCUUCUCAAAUACCCAGGGGCAAGUUCCCACAAUCCCCAACAACUCUAUUUUCUGAAAGCCUAUGAGCUGUACUUCCCUGUGGACACAGACAAUAUUGUGUGUGUGUUUCUGAAAGUGAAGCCAAACCAGAGCAAGGCACCAGCAGAGCCCCCUCCCCUUCACACAUUGGUUCUUACCUCACACACAGCCCAUGGUAUUCCUAGUACAGAAACAAAUAAAAUCCCUCUGUAAACACCAUAACAAGUAUUUGAGCACACACUAUUAAAAAACCAAAUCAAAACAAGGCCAUCCACACACACCCUUACAAACAAGGCCAGACAGGUUUUAAGUCUACUUUUUUACCCACAAAGUCUAUCCAAUAAAGCCAUAGACUUUUUGAAAUCUCAGCCUUCACUUGCAUUUUAACGAUGGUCUGAGUGAAGCUGACUAGAACCAGACGUGUGUUUUCCUUCAGAAAUUGUACGCUGAAGACCGUAUAGCAUGACCACAGCUGUAUCAGAGCUUAAUGAAAAGGUAUUCCUAAGUUACCAGAUCAUUACCGCAAGCACUUUAAUCAUGCAUCUGGAAGACAGAUUACUUAUGUAUAGAGCCAGCUCCAUGCACUGCCCCCCUCCUUCCUCGUCCAAGUAGAAUUUAUAUUAAAUCCCCUAGUUGAGGAGGGACUACUGGUUUCUUCAUCAGAGCUGCUUACUCAAGCCAUAGAAGUGGCCCAGCAUCCUGUUAGACAGCAUGACAGCACUGCUGAAUGUGAACAGAGAAAGGGAAUAGGCCUGAAGUUUGGGGGGUGGGUGGGCAGUAUUUAUGUUCAUUUGGACGGGGUUACGUUGGGUUUUUUGGUAGUCAUCUUCAGUCUACGUAAUUUGCUGAAGUUUUCUACUUUCAUUAACUCCCUUACCUCAGCUACCAGUUCCUGGGUGCAUUGGUUCUAGUGCCAGAAAUAACACCCCAACUGCAGAGUUGUCACAGGGGAAGCACUUACGGGCACCAGACACCAGCUGUGGCUCAUUUACGACCAGACAGAUAAACUAGACCUGAUGCCGGCUUUAGCAAGAUCUGUAGUUAUUUCUAGCUAACCCAACUGAGUUUAGUUUACAAAAAGCAACCAAGAAUGGCACUGGCUGAAGAUGGGGAGAGCAGUUCUUGCUUCCCUAUUAGGCUUCAGGGCAGCCCUCAGCAGUGCCCUGGGCCAUACUUUAUCAUGUUUUGCUAGCAGAAAAACCAAGUCACCAAGUAACUAAGUCUCCAAGUACCUUCACUUCUGACAUACCUUAGGGUAAAGCACACCUCAGUAAUCCAGCCUAUCACCUUUCCAGUGCAGUACUAUCACAGCUACUUCCCAUCACGAAGACGUGGGAAUAUUAUCUGUAGUCCAGCGCUCACUGCAGUUUAACUACUUCGCUACUAACAUUGAAACUGAGCCAAUUAAGCAGUUUUAAAACCCAUCACAGCUUUAAUUCGCAAGACAGAAAGGAAUGAGAGUGCAGAUCUCUCACUGCAGCAGGGACUUCCAGUCCUGUAAUCCUCACUAGCACAACAUCUGGUGAAGCUGAGGGAUUGUACCUCCCUUAGCACCUCUGCUCUUGCCCUGCCACCUCCUCACUGCUGCUGAAAUUUGCUUGGGUCAAGAGCUCCCAGUGUGAUCUUUCGCCAUUCAUGCUCAUGCCAACAGGAGAGCAUUAUUUUUGUACUUAGUCAACUUACACGGACUUUAAAAGCAUCACUGUACAGAGGCUGCUCUAUUUUCUAACAAAGUCUUUAAAUUAUAUUUUUAAUAAAGUGUUUUUAAACCUG